CGGGCGGAACCCAAAUUUUGAAAACGCAAGCUGUGUUUUGAAAAACAUAAAAAGAAGAACAGAAAACAAAAACGAGGAAAACAUUUGAUAUAAAAACAACAUCGUCGAAAAACCAAAAAAGCACAAGAAAACAGAACACGGGAAAAAGAUAGUUGAGAAAAAUCUCCCUCCAAACCAAAUGUCUCCAAAAACCCCUUCUCUCUCUCAGUCAUUGAAGAAGAAGAAGGAUUUUACAGGGGUUUUUGGAGAUGUUUAUGGGACGAUGAUGCUUCUUCCCAAGGAGGUGGAGCUUCAGAAUAAGCCUACCCCAUCUUUCGACUUCCGUUUACUGCUCCCUGACUUCAGCCGCGCCUUCAAAGAUAUUAUGAAAACAAGAGAAGCUGCUGAGUUCCUCAGUGGGGCUUUAGCAGGAGCUAUGACAAAAGCUGUUCUUGCACCUCUUGAGACCAUCAGAACCAGAAUGGUUGUUGGUGUAGGAUCCAAAAAUAUCAGUGGUAGUUUCCUUGAGGUCAUUGAGGCACAGGGUUGGACUGGUCUUUGGGCUGGGAAUGCAAUCAAUAUGCUCCGUAUAGUCCCUACACAGGCAAUUGAGCUUGGAACAUUUGAGUGUGUGAAACGAACAAUGACAUCAGCUCAAGAGAAGUGGAAGCAGAAUGAUGGCCCAAAAUUGCAAAUUGGUCCUGUCAGUUUGAACUUGCCUCUCUCUUGGAUUUCUCCUGUUGCCGUGGCUGGUGCUGCUGCUGGAGUUGUUAGCACACUUGCGUGUCACCCUCUUGAAGUUUUGAAGGAUCGGUUGACUGUUAGUCCUGAGGCAUACCCUAAUUUAAGCGUUGCAGUCAGCACAAUUUACAAGGAUGGUGGAAUUGGUGCUUUCUAUGCCGGCCUUUCACCCACGCUGAUCGGAAUGCUUCCUUAUAGCACAUGUUACUAUUUCAUGUACGAAACAAUAAAGAAAUCUUACUGUGAAUCAAAAAAUAAAAAAUCUCUAAGUCGUCCAGAGUUGCUCGUGAUCGGAGCUUUUUCCGGUCUGACAGCUAGUACAAUAAGCUUUCCUUUAGAGGUGGCGAGGAAGCGGCUGAUGGUGGGAGCUUUGCAUGGUAAGUGCCCACCGCACAUGGUUGCAGCCCUUUCGGAAGUGAUUAAGGAGCAAGGUAUUAUGGGGCUCUACAGAGGUUGGGGUGCAAGCUGUUUAAAGGUCAUGCCAUCCUCUGGCAUAACAUGGAUGUUUUAUGAGGCUUGGAAGGACAUAUUGCUUGUUCAGAGACUUCCUCUCUGACGAUAAACCGCAACAUUCUAAAUAAAAUCACAGUUAAAAAAGUUUUGGUAACUAAAAUCUACAUUUGUAAUGCAGCAAAUGUCAACCAGUGUUAAAGCCUCUGGGUGUUUUUAUGGUAGACCCGAGGCUGACUGAAUUCCUUCAACUUAAGUUGGGAAGUUUACAAUGGCCAUUGUCAAGACUUUGGCCUAAGUGCCCUAUGAAGACUUAAUAUCUAUUGAUAUUUAUUUUUU